CAAUAGCAAUAGCAGCAGCAGCAGCAGCUCCAGCGGCGGCGGCGGCGGCGGCGGCGGCGGCAGCCCCAGCCAUGGCGGAAGUUCAUAGACGUCAGCAUGCUCGGGUUAAAGGAGAAGCCCCCGCUAGAUCCUCCACUGCCAGAGAUGAGGAGGAGCUGGGGAUGGCGUCGGCCGAAACGCUGACCUUGUUCCUGAAGCUGCUGGCUGCCGGCUUUUACGGCGUGAGCUCCUUUCUCAUCGUCGUGGUGAACAAGAGCGUGCUCACCAGCUACAGAUUUCCUUCCUCACUAUGUGUUGGACUUGGCCAGAUGCUGGCGACAGUGAUCGUCCUCUGGGUGGGAAAGGCGCUCAGGGUAGUAAAGUUUCCUGACUUUGACAGAAAUAUACCUCGGAAGACAUUUCCACUACCUCUACUGUAUUUUGGGAACCAAAUCACAGGACUGUUCAGCACAAAGAAACUGAACCUGCCAAUGUUUACAGUCUUGAGAAGGUUCUCCAUUUUGUUUACAAUGAUUGCGGAAGGAGUAUUACUCAAGAAGACCUUUUCUUGGGGUAUUAAAAUGACCGUUUUUGCGAUGAUCAUUGGAGCAUUCGUAGCCGCUAGCUCUGACCUGGCCUUUGACUUGGAGGGAUAUGUUUUCAUCCUGGUGAAUGACGUCCUGACAGCUGCCAAUGGCGCGUACGUGAAACAGAAACUUGAUUCCAAGGAGCUGGGGAAGUAUGGCCUGCUCUACUACAAUGCACUGUUCAUGAUCCUUCCCACCGUGGCCAUCGCCUACUUCACGGGAGAUGCACAGAAGGCAAUAGACUAUGACGGCUGGACUGACACCUUGUUCCUUCUGCAAUUCACACUGUCCUGUGUGAUGGGAUUCAUCUUGAUGUACGCCACUGUGCUCUGUACGCAGUAUAACUCCGCUCUGACGACCACCAUAGUUGGCUGUAUUAAGAAUAUUUUAAUAACUUAUAUUGGAAUGGUCUUUGGUGGAGACUAUAUUUUCACAUGGACAAAUUUCAUUGGGUUAAAUAUCAGUAUUGCCGGGAGCCUGGUGUACUCCUACAUCACUUUCACAGAAGAGCAGCUGAGCAAACAGUCGGAGACAAGCAGCAAGCUGGACGUUAAAGGGAAAGGCUCUGUGUGAGCCGGGGCUCAUGAGCGGUCAGCCCUGCACGCGGGCAGUGCCAACGGAGACCUGCUUUCACGGCUGGGCUGUCUUGCUUCUAGUGAGCUCUCGGUCCUGGGGCCCUUGCACAAUCUGAAGAUUGCUGCCUUUUUAAAUUUUUAUGAUGAGAGAAUCUUAUAAUUGAUUCUAUUUUAAAUCUGCAGUUUGCAUUAAUUUAUACUGGACUGGAAGAUGACAUAUCUGGCUUUUAAUUUAUUGUUUUCCCCUCCACCAACCGUGGGACUCCAUGUUGUUCUUUGGGCAUCUCUGUCCACGGCAAGUGGCAUGCAUCCAGCCUCUUCCUCCUCUCCCUGCAGACAGGGCCACUGCGGUUAGACUUUUUGCUAGGCUGAGAGUCUGUCUCGUGGAAGCAAUGUGCCCCCUAUGCUGCUGAAUGCAGCUGGGCAUGAUGCAGGGCUUUCUGGUUCCUCUCUUAGAAUUCUCUAUUUCCUACCUUGAGGGCCUGGUCACUACAUUUUCAAUUUCUUACUGUCUUCAAAGGAUGAUCUCUUUCUACAGAGAGAGAGAAAACACACGUGUGGCAUCUGGGAUGGCUUGCAUCCCGAAGCUCUUCGAAGUCCUGGGCAUGGGGAGAAUUAGGCUUUUGGUUUUUAAGCCCUUCGUUUGGGAUGCUCUGUGGAAAUGAGGACGGGAUGGGAGAUAUACUUCAGUGUAGCCCUGGAGGAAGUUGGCUGUAUUCCUGGUCUGGCAAACCCAGGUUAUUGUAAGUAGCUUGGAAGCAGACGCCUCCCCUCCCCCAAGUGGGAAUGCAGUCAGAAUAAGCUGUCCUUGUCUUGUUGAGUGGCAGUGGGAAGCACACAGUCGUCUCCUGCUUGCCCUGAACUCAUCUGGCUCUUUUCCUCUCUCUCCACUUCUAGGCUUAGCUACCAUUCCAUCGUUUUGCCCCUUCCCUUGGGGUUUUUUACUUGAUUACCCUUAUCAGAGUCCCCUGUUUCUAAUUUCUUAUGAUUUGAGGGGAAAGAUCAUUCCCAGCUGUUCCCUGGUGGUGUCCACCAGGAGCCCGGAGAUGCCAGAAGCAUGGGUGGAGCUGCCACCCCUAUCUCUCUGAUGAAAUGCAUCGGGGCCAUGGCGAGUGAAAGCAGCCCCCAGUGCAGCGCAGGGGAUCUUGGUUACUCUUGCCUCCACAGACUCCAAGCUAAGAAUGGCUUUUACAUUUUAAAAUACAGUAAGAUUAUUAAAUUUCAAAUUAAAUUUAAAAUCCAACAAAGACUUUUAAAUGUAAAAACCAUUCUUAGCUUGCAGGCCGUACAAACACAAGCACAUGGUAGGGCGAGUGCUUUUCCUUGCUCUGAUACAUCUCUUACCUGUCAGACUUUGGGCCUGUUACUUCUCUCCUGAGGCCUCAUUUUCUUCAUCUCUGAAAUGAGGAGGUGGAUGAGGUUUUUUCCAACUGUCAGUGAAGGAUCUGGUGAGGCUGAGAUGUGGUGAGGCAGCUCUUCCUUUCGGGUCAACCAGCUGUGAGACUCCUUUGGUCUCAUUACUGGGACUUGGCCCCCUUCUCUGCCUGAUACCACCUGAGUCAUGCUCGAAAUCUCUGGAGCAAUGGCUAGAAACAGACUUGGUUUGUCUUAGUGAGCUUCUCCAUCCUGCCAGCAUCCCCACUUCAGCCUCUAUGAUGCUAGCUUCUUAACUGAUAAAGGAAGGCACCAUUCUCUCUAGCUGGAAGGAAUGAGCCUGUGGCCUGCUGGUAAAUGGAUUUUCUCCUUAUGCAUUACAACGGUCUCCUUCAGUUUUAACAACUGAGCUGUGUGGGGCAGCUGCCCAGUUUUACAAGCUUCUAGACUUUAGGAAAAGCUUGGGAAGAUUAUUAGGUCUGUAAUUAGAGGCCCUGGAUUUUCUGCUUAAUACCUGUGUGAUCUUGGGCAGAUCACUUCUCUGGGCCUCAGUGUCCUCAUCUUCAAAAUGGCAGGGUUGGACUAGAUGACCUGAAAGAGCCCUUCCUUCUUGAAAUCUGAAGAUUCUGUGAGUUUGAUGCAUUUCCAGAGAAGGGAAGCCAAGGUUGUGGUGGGAUUGGAGAGUAUGCCAUAUGAGGAACAGAAGUUUCAGCUUGGUGAAGAGAAGGAGGGAGAGAAUGUGACAGCCAUCUGCAGGUAUCUGAGGGUGGAAGAUGCAGGAAGGCAGGCUUUGACUUAAUGUAAGUAAACUCUUCCUAAUAAUUAGAGGCGUCCCCCCCCCAAAGUGGAAUGGGCUGCCUUAAGAUGCUACAGGUCUCCUGGUCUGGAACGACUCUAGGGGAAGGCUGGAUUUCUCAUUUUCAGAGAUGAUGCAUGAGGAUUCCUGUCCAGGUGUGGGUUAGCAUCAGUGACCUUUGUGAGCCUCUCCAAUUCUGAGAUUCUGUGAUUUACCUUACUGUCUGAGGUCAUUUACAGAAAAGGGCCUUAGGCCAGCCUUCUUUCUAAGAAUGGAAAUACUCCAGCAGGAGGAGGAGAGGACGGGAGAGGGAGGAGAAAGGAGAGAAAGAUUGAGAGUUGGGGGGUGGUAAUGUCUAUCCUUGGAGUCCAGGCCCUCAGUGGAACAGGGUGAUGGCUGGCUUUCCUGUAGCGUUCUAAGGUCUGCCCAGCACUUCACAUCCAAUUAUCUCAUUUGAGCCUCCUAACAACGCUGGGAGGCAGGUGCUCUUCUUACCUCCAUUUUACAGAUGUGGAGACUUAAGCUCAGGCUCCUGGUCAGGAGGUUCCCAGCUCGGAAGGGUCACAGGCCUUUGUGUGCCCAGUUGGCUUCAUGCCACACUCUAGCACCAGAUCUCCCUGGUUACUGGACCCUCGCUUAGCAUCAGUCAACAAGUCUCUGUUGACACUGGGCUCAUGUCUGACCACUGGCCACCACUGGCUAGUUGUGGGAAUAUACAUUACAGUUCUGAUUUAUUCAAACGUCUUGCUCCCUGCUGCUCCUUCCUGUGACCCACAUGAGUGGUAGGGGGUAGGGGGCCCAUGGAUUAAAUUACAAUGUGCAAAUCUGGGUCAUUUUACUAGAGUAAUAACUUAGGGAAUGGGAAGUAUCAGAACUGAAAAUAUAUGUGCCUUCUAGAAUGUCUAGAUUAUAGCCCGACAGUAGACCUAUCAUAUUGUGACCUGUUAACUUACUCCUUCAGCAGGUAGAAGCCUUACUGAAUUUUACAAAUGGGAAACUGAAGCACAAAGCUGUACCAGGCUAAGGUGAGCUGUGGGCAGAGCUCGGAACUUCUGAGCCAAUCACUGUAACCAAUGGAUAGGGUCAAUCCAAUUUUGAUUAAACUAGAAUCAGCCUGUAAAGGGUCAGGGGGCUCUGCAUAUAUAUGGAACGGAGGCCAUUUUCAGUUGCCUUUCCGUGCUAAUCACCUAAUUCAGGGUGAGCUGCUUAAAAUCACAGAAUCACAGAGUUGGAAAAGACCUCAGCGGCCCUUUAGUCUGGCUGUCCAUCAUCUGAUCUCCUGAGCAGUGGCCUUCUCCCAACUUUGGGUGUCCUCUGGUGGCCAUUUGCCAAGAAAGCCCCAAAUGCACUAUAGUAACAGAACCAACUUGUUUCCAUCAUAACCAUCGUACUUAAGACUUCGCCAUCAGCCUCCUCCCCUCUGCUGGUUUUCAGGACUGCGUGGUAUCCACCUCCUGUUACUCACCUACGUGUCCUUUUCAAAACUGGUCGCUUCAUAGUGAGUACCUUGUGUGGCCACACCAGCAUCUUUAGGAAACUGGACUGGGGCCCCCAUACCCCAUUUUCCUCCACAUCUGUGUCUUCAGAACUCCAUUCUUGAGAGUUCCCUAUCCUUCCUAAUGUAGAAUUUCCGAUUGUGGUUCCCUCUGUACCCUUUCACUGAGACCUUUGAGAAUUCAACUAAGUGGAGAUUGCAGAGAAGUCUGAUUCUGUGGCCUCUCUAUAGAUCCUUCCUGUUCAGUAAUUUGCAGAUGUUCUGGUCAGUAGGAGCUUGGCUUUUCUUUGAACCUCAGCUGUGCCUGGUGCCCAGAGAUGGUUACAUUGAGCUUUGGGUGGGUGGGGCACAAAAUGGCCUCUGGCACUUUGCAGGAGCCAGUUAUGGGUAGGAGAGAACAGUUUAUGUAGAUGUUAUUCGCCAAGAUGGGGGUUGGUUAGCCUAUCCUGGCCAUGCUCCGCUGGAGCCCACAUAAAUUCGAACACCUUCACAGGUGGGGAGCCUGGUGUAGGCCCUGCCUGCAGAAUCCGUAAUAAUGGCUCACACUUAUAGAGUUUUAAGGUUCGCAAAGUGCUUCACGUAUGUUAUCCCUUUUGGUCCUCACAACAACUCUGUGAGGUAGACAUCCCCACUUUAUAGAUGAGGAAACUGAGGUUGGAAGAGGAAGGGAUUGUUCCAGGGUCACACAGGUAGUGCAAGGCAGAAUUUGACUUCAGGUCCAGGGCUCUGUCCAUUACUCUAAGCUGCCUUUUUAAAGGGGACACCAGGAAAGAGUCCUGAGGACUCUCUGGGGCUGUCUCAGGGCCCAAAGCCCACCAGCCUCACUCAGUACAACCCAAAGCCUGGAUUCCCCAGAGCAGAAGUGGUUUGAAUCUCUAGCGCUCAAGAUGUAGCCCAAUUCAGAUGGAGACUGGCUCUGCCUUUCUAGACUCAUUUGGGAGCAUAACCUGGUACAUGCUUGGCAAUCAUUUG